UGUCGUCAUAUCACAUGACCAAACACGGAAGUAGAAUCUGCAGCCGCCACAACUUUUCAUCGUGUGGAGAAAGGCUGCUGGUUUGUAGUCGCUUUACAAACACGAGAAGAUCGCGACUCGUUACUUCUGCGCGUUUACUAAAAUUGAAUUGCACCAUGACUCAGGCUGAGAAAGAGCAGGACAACGGGAAGGAGAAAGAAAAGGAGCGAGACAAGGAGAAAGAGAAGGAGCAACAGCGCGGGGUGAAGAGACCCAUCGCUCCUCCGACCAUCCCAGACCCGCUGCAGGAGCAAAUCCAGAGCAAUUUUGUAAUUGUCAUCCACCCCGGUUCAAGGACACUCCGCAUUGGCCGAGCGACAGACACUCUUCCUCUGACAAUCCCACAUGUGAUAGCACGCAGACACAAGCAAAGUGGACAGCCCAGACAUGAAGAUGCCUGGCUGUUGAGAGAAGGCUUAAAUAAACCAGAGAGUAAUGAGCAGAGGCAGAAUGGGCUUAAAAUGGUCGACCAGGCCAUCUGGUCCAAGAAGAUGUCCAACGGAGUGCGGAGGACCCCCGUGUCAGCUGAACAGGCCAGAGCUUAUAACUGUCAGAUCCGUCCGGCAGUACUAGACAGCAGCUUCAGGGUGAAGUGGACGAACACAGCCCAUCACCCUCCUCAUCUGGUGGGAGAGGAGGCUCUUUAUGUGAAUCCUUCCGACUGUUACAACAUUCACUGGCCUGUGGUAAGAGGUCAGCUCAAUGUGCAUGCGGGUCCCGGAGGCUCACUGACUGCAGUCCUGGCUGAUCUGGAGACGAUCUGGAGUCAUGUUAUUCAAAAACAGCUGGAUAUCCCUCUCAAAGACUUAAAGUACUACAGAUGCAUCCUAUUGGUCCCUGACAUCUACAACAGGCAACACGUCAAAGAAGUUGUCAACAUGCUGCUGCUUAAUAUGGGCUUCUCAGCGAUCAUUGUGCACCAGGAGUCGGUGUGUGCUACAUUUGGCAGCGGGUUGAGCAGUGCUUGUGUCGUGGAUGUUGGAGACCAAAAGACCAGUCUUUGCUGUGUAGAGGACGGAGUGUCCCACCGAAACUCCAGGCUGUGUUUGGCAUACGGUGGCUCUGAUGUGACCCGCACUUUCUUCUGGCUCCUGCAGAGGGCAGGCUUUCCCUACAGAGACUGUCAGCUGUCAAGCAGACUGGACUGUCAGCUGCUGCAGCAUCUGAAAGAGACCUUCUGCCAUUUAAAUCAAGACAUAUCAGGACUACAAGAUCAUGAAUUCCAGACACGUUUCCCAGAAGCCCCAGCUCUUCUCUACCAGGUUCGACUAGGGGAUGAGAAAUUAGAGGCACCCAUGGGUCUUUUCUACCCGACCACAUUUGGCAUCGUAGGUCAGAAGAUGACAUCACUUCAGUACCGUUCUCAAGGCGACUCAGAGGAUCCUCAUGAUGAACAAUACCUGCUGGCCACACAGAGCAAACAGGACCAGUCCUCCAAAUCAGCUGCAGACCGGAAGGCUAUUUCCAGACCCGGUGGAGGUCUGGAUGGUGAGAUGAGUGGUCAGGGAGGCGUCGGGGAGCUUUCUGACCUGCCCAGGGGCUGUGGGAGUAGUGGCAGUGGAGGAGGCAUCAAGGGGGAGUUGGAGCUUGGACCUGUCCAGGGGGAGUGCCUGAUGGGAGCAGGAGAGAUGGAGGAACCCCUGUCUGCUCACCUCUCCAGGAAGACUGCUAUUAUGAGCCAGUUUGAGAGCAAAGCACUGGGCCUAGAUAAGGCCAUCCUGUAUAGCAUCGACUGCUGUGCAUCAGACGAAACCAAACGCAAGAUGUACAGCUCCAUCCUGGUAGUGGGUGGAGGGCUCAUGUUUCACGGUGCUCAGGAGUUUCUGCUUCACCGCAUCAUCAACAAAAUGCCACCCUCAUUCAGAAGACUAGUAGACAAUGUGGAAGUUAUCACAAGGCCAAAGGACAUGGACCCUCAGCUAAUAUCGUGGAAGGGGGGAGCAGUGCUGGCCUGUCUGGACACCACCCAGGAGAUGUGGAUCCACCAGAGGGAGUGGCAGCGCUUUGGUGUCCGUAUGCUACGUGAGAGAGCUGCCUUUGUCUGGUGAAACAGGGUACAUUUCACUUAAAUCAGACACCUUGCCUACACAGGAGGUGUAGCGUGAGCUGCAUGGUGGCAGAGCAGCAGCGUCAUAGCUCUCUCUGUCCAUACAGGAUGCGUUCAGGCGCAGUGUUGAGUGUAGGUCUCCUGUGUUUCUGCGGUGUGUAGACACAACGAAAAACAGAUGGUGUGAAGUAGACUAUUUAUUGUGAAAGAAAAGACGGAGACCUGAUAAAUGUUCUGGAGUUCAUACACAUGGCAACUCUUGAUCAGAUUCAUUCAGUAGGUAAAGCAGUGUUGUGGAAAGAAAACUUCAAAGUGUGUUGACAGUGUCACUUUGACAAUCAGAGCACUGCUUUGUUGAAAGUUGUCAUGUGGUGGCCUGUUUAAUCCAUCAAAAAUCCAAAUCAGCAUCAUUAUUGUGUAACUUUUGAACACUCUUUUAUAGGAGUUUACUUGUUAAUGUACUGUAAAUACUGCUUAUGGAAGUUUGAAUCUAUAUAAAUAAAGUCAUGGAAACUUUGAUAAACAAUAGUUACAUUUUAUUGAACAAACAAAAUCCACCUUUCUUUAAAUUGACAAAUCUCUCUUCACAAAUACAGUAACUCAAUGCUUAAUGAAGUCUUACAUGCAUUAUGCAACUGUUGUAGCCUAGAUAAUACCUCCACCUGCUUUGUCAUUACUAACAUUAUAUUUCAGAUACAAAAUCAAUUACUUAUUAUAAAUCUACUACUUUAUAAUUUUUCACAUUAUCAGUAUUGAACUACAGAGUCCAGAUGCCAUCCUAUUUAAAGUAUUGUGUCAUUAAAUGUGACAGUAAUGAAACAUGGGAACAUGUUUUAACAGUUUUUAUUCAAACAGGAUGAAAAAGCAAAGACAAACUAACUUCACGAUUCCCUGGAGGGAUGAUCAUAACUGAAAUGUCAGUGACACAUGUCUGUGAGACCGGUGUGACAGAAAAGUGAAAGGACAGAAGCAGGACAAAGGAAGGACAUGUACGUAGCUGCUGUAUCAGCCAUUCUGGCCCCUACAAGUAGGAAUUCCCA